AUGGCAAUUGCCGAGCAGCGAAUAAGACGAGAAUUCCGAGAAGUUAUUCGAAGUGAAGAGGUUGAAAGAUGCCGUAUCAAAGUGGAAUUAGUUAAUGAUAAAUUUAAUGAGCUGAAAGGAGAAAUAGCUGGACCACCAGAAACUCCUUAUGAAGGAGGAAAAUUUCAGCUUGAAAUAAAAAUUCCAGAGACUUAUCCAUUUAACCCUCCAAAAGUUCGAUUUGUUACCAGGAUUUGGCAUCCAAAUAUUAGUUCUGUAACUGGAGCUAUUUGUUUAGAUAUACUCAAGGACCAAUGGGCAGCUGCUAUGACCCUUCGGACAGUUCUGUUAUCACUGCAAGCCUUAUUAGCAGCUGCUGAGCCUGAUGACCCACAGGAUGCUGUAGUAGCAAGACAGUACAAGGAAAGGCAAGAUGUUUUUCAAAAAACAGCUACGCAUUGGACAAAUGUAUAUGCUGGAGGGCCUAACCAUGCGGAUGAUUUAGAAGACAAGGUUCGACAGUUAACAAAUAUGGGAUUUGAGGAGGACCAAGCCCGAGUAGCCUUAUCCUCACACAACUGGGACACAGCCCAAGCAACAGAUUUCUUACUAAGCUAA